AUGUCAAUGCUCCAAACCGACGAUCAAAUCAAACAACUAAACGACAUAUUCAAGCGCUUCGACAUGGACUCCGACGGCAGCCUAACGCAUCUCGAGCUCGCCGCGCUCCUCCGCUCGCUCGGCAUCAGACCAACCGGAGACGAACUCCACGCCUUACUCAACAACAUGGACAACAACAACAACGGUUACAUCGAAUUCGACGAGCUUGUUAACGCCAUCAUGCCCGACAUGAACGAGGAUGUCUUAAUCAAUCAAGAACAGCUUCUAGAGGUUUUUCGCUCAUUCGACCGCGACGGCAACGGCUUCAUCACGGCGGCGGAACUCGCCGGAUCCAUGGCAAAGAUGGGACAUCCUUUAACAUACCAUGAACUUGCAAACAUGAUGGCUGAAGCUGAUAGCAAUGGGGAUGGUGUUAUUAGUUUCAAUGAAUUUGCUACUAUAAUGGCUAAAUCUGCUGCGGAUUUUCUUGGUGUUAAGGUGCAAUAG